UUGGCAAACUUAUUAAUACAUUCAAAAAGACUGGAAGUGUUGCAGACCGACAGAGAAGUGGACGUCCAGGAACACCCACUGACGAAGGCAUAACCGACCUUGUGCUGAGUACAUAGUCCCCUAUGUAUGUUCAAAAACUGUUUUUACACUUCACUAAUCUGUAUACUACAUGUGAUACCAUAUGUAUCACAUGAAUGUAAUACAAUAAAUAUGAUAUAAAUGUAAUCUUCACUGUUAAAUUCCAUUACAGGAGAGUUAUUAGUUGUUCUAACUGCUUUGAAUAAAUGUCAUAGGCCAAAAUCAAUGCUCAUUUUAAUUGCUGUUUUACUAAGCAAUUUAGGUUUAAUUAUCUAGAAAAUAACACACUACUGAGUUACAUCCACAAAAAAUACAUCAAUAUCUUCAUUAAAUAAACAUUUCUAUCUUUUUCUUUUGUUUAUGUGUGAACACAUCUAUAUGAAAUGUGAAUGAUGUGUUUUCAAAUGAUGCAUUUUUAAGCACAUUUGUGUAGUAGCACCAAUGAAAACUUUAUGAAUGUGCAUCUAAACAUUCAUAACUUCCUUAUGAAUGUGACUGUGUUGUGCAUUGGGAUUAUGUCAUUAUGUUGUGCAGAAAAUAUGAUAUUUCUCACAUGAUAAUGACUUAAAUGUCUUGAGUUUACAAGAAUUGAUAGUGAAGUAAGGGGGAGGGGGGAGGUUGCUAGGUGCUGGAGGUAUUGUUUUUUGAAUAUUAGAAUAUUUUUUGAAUAUUUACAACUUCUGACGUAUUCCAACUCACAACUCGCCUGCGAUCGGAUCCUUUCAGCAAACCUCGCAUCUCUUGAGCAAAUCUUUACAUUUCUGAACAUCUCUAUUCACCUUUUUAACAUCUUUACCACUAAUCUGAGCAUUUUCCUGCACGAAUGUCAUCUUCUGAAGAAAUGCCACUUUUCUCCAUCUGGGAUUCCAUCUGGGAUUCCAGCUCUGGACCGCGGGUUGAGGCUGGUGACCUGCGACACCUUGUCCCGGCCCCCCAUGUGUGCCACCAGGAGCAGCACUUUACUCCCAGCACUCAGGGCCAGGUUUAUACCAACCUGCCUGACCAGCCGGAUUACGCAAGCUGGGAUUCGUCCAACUCUGGACCGUGGGUUGAGACUGGUGACUUCCAGCACCUUGUCCCUGCCCCCCACGUUUACCACCAGGAAGAGCAGUUCACCCCAAGCACUCAGGGCCAGGUGUAUUACAUCCUGCCUGCCCAGCCGUAUUACGCAAGCUGGGAUUCGUCCAACUCUGGACCGUGGGUUGAGGCUGGUGAUGUCCAACACGUUGUCCCUGACCCCCACUUUUACCACCUGGAACAGCAGUUCGCCCCCAGCACUCAAGGCCAGGUGUAUUACAUCCUGCCUGCUCAGGUGUAUUACCCCAGCUGGGACACUAUUUCCUGCUCUGGACCGUUGGUUGAAGCUGGUGACCUGCCACACCCUAUCCCAUCCUCCCACGUGUACCACCAGGAGCAGAUAUUCACUCCCAGCGCUCAGGGCCAGCAGAUAGAGCUUCCAGGGAUGGCUGGACUGUCAGAGGACCAAUAUUGCACCUUCAUGCCUGCUGGAGAGUAUCCUGUUGAUGGAUUGUACGGCCCUGCUGAUAUUCCUCCUGUACAAGAACAAGUCCUUCCUCCUCUGGACAAGCAGGAGCACACACUGAAUAUCUGGGGACCUAGUAGAAGACAUCAGGGCCACAGAUCCACAGAUCCAAGUCCCUAAUGAAGGAAUUAAAUAUAGAUCUACAUCGUCAAAACAAAGCUUCCAAGAUUUAUCAUGCUUACAAUACUUGCACAUCACACACAACACUGUUGCCCAACUUAUAACCAAAUUCAAAUAGACUGCGGACCAACCGAGAAGUGGACAUCCACGAACAUCCACCAGCGAAGGCACAACCGACGUGGUGCUGGCGUACAUAGUCCCUUAUGUAUGGAGACUUUUGGAACAACCUGUAUAUUCCCCAAAGAAAAAUAAUUUACUACAAAUCAACGACAGACAAACAAACAAACAAAAAAUAACAAUAAAAUCUGGAUUAAAAAACCUCUGGUGUUUCUAAUGUUUUUUUUUUUUUAUGUUUUCUGAAACACUAUCCCAGAGGUUAAGAUAAUUCUUUAUUGUCUGAAUUGUGGGUAAUCAGGAUGAACAGUGCCUCAGAUGAGUGAAGCACUCAGAAUGGACCAGGAUGCUUCAAGACAUCAGAAAAAUCUUUGAAGCAAAACAAUUUGGAUCUUUAUAGUCUUUUUUAUACUUUGUAGUCAAGCCAAACUUAAAAGGCAAAUGUAAUGUGUUUUAGUUCAUGUAAAUGUUGUACUUUCUUUUCUUGGUAAGGAAGGUGAACUAGACAAACUAGGUGAAUGUUACAUAUGAAUAGUUUAAUCUAGACAUUUUAAAAUUGGGAAUUUAAAGUAACACCAAUAGACACCAAAACUGAUAUUCUUUUUUUUUUUUCUCAGAUGAAUGGUAUUUAUAUUUAAUACCUAUUUUAAAAGGAACCUGUGCAUUUCAUUUGUAGCUU